UGGAGCCUGAUAGGAGGCGGGGGGUACCAAAAGAGAUCUUUGAGAUGGGGAGGUGUCCAAAAAGCAGCUUUAAAGCAACUAAUGCUCUCACUGAGGCGUCACAGGCAGGGAAGACAGCACAUGUGUGUGUGUUAUGUGGAGGAUGCAAGCACACAUGAUCGUGUUGAAAGUGUUUCUGGUACUGCAGGUCUUGCUGCUGCCAGCACGGUGUGAUGUUUGGCCCAGAGACCAAGAACUGAAAGAUGGAGAGGAGGAGCAAUUAAAGCACAUACCACAGGGACAGCAAGAUGGUUGGGAUUAUGGUGACCCAUAUGGAUAUUCUGGAGCAGGUCAUCACAGUGCUGGAGCACAAAAAGAAAGCCCUGAUGUCUCUGAAAGGGUCCAUUACCCUCUGGAGCAUGGGCAUGUUAACCCCAGUCAUGGGCGUCCGUCUGAGGAUCUGUCUGUGGCCGCAGAAGACGAUUCUUCGGUGACCCGAAGGAAUAACACUCCAAUGCGCAUGGGAAACUGGUGUGCGUUUGUGCAUAAGCGUGAAGUCACCAUGGCAGUGUCCUGCGGUACUGAGAAAUACAUCAUCAAGUCCCAGAGUCCCUGCCCAAAUGGGACACCUGACUGCCAUCUGAUCAUGUACAAGCUGUCUACUCGGCCAGUGUACAGAACGAAGCAGAAGAUCUUCACGGCACUCUUGUGGAGAUGUUGCCCUGGUCAUGGUGGAGAGAGAUGCGAGGAUAUUGUGGAAAACGGCCAUGUCUCUGAAGUGUCCAGCACUGACAUCAGGCUUAAUCCAGGAGGUCCAGAGCUCAACAAUACAGGAUCGGAAAUGCUAACCCACAAACAAAACCAGAAGAAGAAUGACCAUCAAGACCACAGGCCUUCGCUAAAUGAGUCCCUGAGGACUGAGAAGAACUCAACAGAAGAUCAGAAGAGCUAUGACUACACUCCAAACCCACACACGGGCCAUGUGCCUCACUAUGAGAGUGGCGCACCCUAUGGUACGGAUGAUGGACAUCGAGGUCCUCCACCAGAGGCACAUUAUGCAAAUUCUGGGCUUGUACCCAUCCAUUAUUUAAAGGAUGUCAUGAUGUCUCAUUUACAGCCCAUAUUUGACAGCUUCAACCGGACACUAGAACGCCUGUCUGAGGAGGUGCAGGAUUUACAAAAGGACAUGUCUAAGCUGCAACUUGAUCAGAUGUUACAGGGAGAGUCCCUAGCGGCAAGAGGUGGAAUAGUUGAGGAGUCAGAGCAGCACAAGGCAAUGACUGAUACGUCCAUGCAGCUGGAGGAACUGAAGACACAACUUGUCGAUGACAUGGAACAGAAGCUACAUGCACAGCAGGCCAUGUUCCACUACAACUUGAGCAACCUGAAGAUUGACAUGGAUGUCCAAAUUAAACGCAACCAGAAGAUGCUACAGACAGGUCUCCAUGCCCUAAAUUCCUCACUAUCAGAGGUAAGAGAGAAACAAGACCAGCUGAAGGAGGACCUACAGAGGGUUUUGACGCUCACAAGUCAUAUACCAAGUCCUGUCAAACAGCCUCAGGAGGACACAGCAGUCUGGGAAGCCAUUACCCGUCUAGACAAUAAGGUGGUCAAUAACACAAUAUGGCUCAGUGCUCUAAACAAAGACCAAAUCCAAGUGUCAGGGAGAAUAGAACACUUUCAAAAGGGCUGGAAGAACUUAGAGGAGCGUAUAACCCAGAAUGACCACAAGAAUGAAGAAAGAUACAUUGAGGCUUUCCUGGAAGUGGAUGCGGCAAAGGUGACAGUUGGAAACUACGCUGAUGAGCUGGCAAAAAAUUUCACCAAUCUUCAAAUCAUAGUUCAGGAACUGGAGGAAGACAUGGACGAUUUGUACACACAGUUCCAUAAGAACAUAAGUUUGGGUAGUAGAGACUGCGACUGUACCGGCAUCAGCUCAUCCGUGGCGCAGUUGAAACAGGAAGUGGCUAAUAUAAAAGUGAUUGCAAGUGAAAACAGGCAAGCUCUAGACAGUGCAGCAGAAGAGAAGGUAAACCUUUGGGAAAAGGGUGACUGGGGCCCACCAGUGGAAGAGAUCAAAUUAGGCUUACACACUGUGCAGAACUCGUUGGCGCAUGAACAAGAGAAGCGCAAGAUCCUGCAACAAACCUUAAACACACUCCAGACCUCUCUUUUAGGCAGUCAAAUAGAUAUUGAAGCUCUACAGCAACGGGACAGUCAGAAAGCUGGUGAGAUAAAACACCUGUACGACGCUUUUAACUCUCUGUUGAAAGACGCGAUACGUCACAGUGACAUACUGACAAUCCUGCUUGGUGAGGAGGUUUUGGAGUUUAUGGACUGGUCCCCACAAGCCCAGGAAGCCCACUCCAUCCCUGCGCUAAAGACGCUGAUCAGCGACCUGCAGGAACAGAUAAACGGACACAGCCGUAGCCUGGCCUCCAUGCUUAACUCUGAAGAUCCCACUGCAGAUGAUCUCUCAGAGCUGCUAGACUGGAUUGGAGAGGAUCUGAACAGGAAAGAAAAGGAACAGAAAUUUGACCAUUCCUCAAAGGAACCUACGAGUUACAAAGACAAGGACUUGUUUGCUUUGGAAAAAACAGUGGAACAGCUUCGAGCACAGGUCGUCAAGCUCGAAGAACAGAAAUGUCUGUCCUGCUGCAAUUCUACUAAAGGUGCUGCUUCCAAAGAUGUAGAGGGAGAACUGCAAGCCGAGUUGGCAAGUGUGCGCAAGAACCUUGACGAUCAUCUCAGGAUUUUCAGCAGCAUUUUCAGUAAUACUGAAGGUCUAACAGAGUCUGACGCAACAGUAGAUUUGGAUAAAUUGUUUGCAUUAAUAAUGAAAAAGGAAGCUAAACUUCAAAGAAAGAGGCAAAACAAGAGAGAGGAUACAAGAAGUGCACAGCGCAGCAAGCGGGAUACAUCGGGUGAAAUAGCAGUGCACAGUCAGCUUCCUGAGAACCCGCUCAUGUUCGUGGCCAGCAACAGAGAUGGUGCGAACACACCUGGAACAGUCGUGUUUGAAACCAUGUCCGUAAACCAUGGGCAAAUGUACUCACCUGAAACGGGCACGUUCCGAGCACCUGCUCCGGGGGAUUACCUGUUUGUGUUGACACUGGACUUCGGGUCUGGGCCAUCUUUAGCCCAGCUGAAGAGAGGAGAGGAAGUGGCAGCAUCACUGCAUCAGAGAACGGGGAAGCCAUCAGGACCCGCGUCCCGCGUCUGCUUCCUACAGCUGCAACAGGGUGAAGAGGUUCAUGUAGAACUAGUGCAGGGAACAUUGGAGCAUGGGAAGCCAAAGGAGAACAUCUUUGCUGGACUGCUGCUCCGACAGACCACAUGAGCACACGUUCACAUCCGAAAAAGUAAAAAAAAAACA